AUGCUACCAAGAAUUCGAGGAAGAGGAGGAGGAGGCAAAGCACUAAUGAGAGGGAGGCAUGACCACGAAGCAGGGCCUUCACAUAGGAGAACUCCCUCUGCGUCAUUCAGCUCAGACCCAUAUGAUGACUGGAGACACUCCUUGGAACCCGUGAGGCGUUCUGUCUCGCUUAGCACCUCUCCCUCUUAUCACCAUUCUUUUGGUCCACAGCAACCUGACGAGCCCCAAGGCUCCCACCAUUCACAACGGUCGGUGCACUCGCACCAUUCACAACAUUUCUCCCACCAAUCUUCUCCUUUUCAGGGUCACUUUGACCCUAAUGAUUACAUCAAUGCACCAGCAGGUCAUAACCUGUUGGGACCCGAAGACCACUAUCCUAAAUAUCAGGAUAUGGAUGUGGACGAUGAUCCAGAUCUAGUCAUGCCACCUUCUGGGACGCCUACGCAUCCCAUAGAUAUCUCAAGCGGUUUUUCUUUUGCAGGAUCGCCAUACAGAGGCCCCGAUUUAUGGGCCAAAAGGUGGAGAACCUACAAGUGGGAGUUCACUUCCCCUCACCACGACUCACGACCACCACAGCGGACUCCCUCUGAAGAUCCGCACUUUCAAGUGGUCACGCCACUACUACCACCAGCACCAGAACAGUCUCCGCCACCAGAACCAUCGAGGCGAAGGAGAAGCGCACGAAUGUCCAUGCGAGGGGGUUUCCAUUUUAGCACCCCACAAACUUCCAACAACUACCCUCCCAUUUUUGAAGAUCCGCAAAUAGGUGGGCCUUCAAACGUUGUGUCAGAAGUUGACUCUGCACCGGUCACUCUUGCACCACCACCACCUCCCAUGGGUUUUGAAAACCCAAUCCCUGAUUACGCAGAUACAACUGGGUACAACUCGUAUAAGCCUCAAACUUACACGGGUUAUAACUAUCAUGCACCUGCCGUUGACCCAUACGUCGAGGCAGCAAAUUUUAACACUCUCUACCCCUUACCUUUUCCACCCGCAUACCCAACUGGGUACCCUGCUUAUGAGUAUCAAUACCCGCCACCACCACAACUUCAACAACCGCAACCACAAGAAAUUUUACAAAGGUUGGAAGAAGUGGAACAAAAGGUGGAAGAACAUGAUAGAAGGCACCACAAGUUUCUUAAGGGUUUGGCAAACUUCGUCAAAGGCAAGAAGAAGAAAGAUCAUUAA